AUGCAAGCACAAAUGUGGGUUUGUGGUGUCUGUCAUGGGUUUUUCAUUGUUUGGACAAAGGGUGCCCCCCCUUACUAUGAACGAGUUGAACUUUACAUGGAAUUUUGUCUCAAUGUUGUGAACAAUAUUACAUUGUUUGACAAGUCAUUUGUAUUGCCAUGCCUGUUGGGGUACAGGGACAUUUUUGAUUGCCCAAAGUGCAAUAAAGUGAUUUUAGAAGAGGACGAAAUAGGCGACUCUGUAAAAGAGAACAGUAUUUGCUGUGACACCUGCAGCACCUGGUGGCAUUUGCUAUGUGCUGAUCUCACUAUGAGUACUGCAGAUGCACUGGAUUCUUGGGUUUGCCAGACCUGUCUGGCUGAUGCAGCAAAUGCAAUUCACAGUGAUGAUGACCUUGAGUUCAACUUUGCUCAAGAAUCAGACGAAAUGGUUACAUCCAUUGAUGUGAAUCAUGUUUGCCCUGUUUGCUCAAUGAAGAGCAUCCCUGUAAAUGGAGAACAUGUAUGUACAGUUUGUAAAAAAGCAGUCCAUGCAUGGUGUAGUAACCAUGAAAACAUUACAAACUCUGCAGAUCUCAUUUGCAAUUAUUGUAUUUCAGAUUAA